AAGGGCCCUGGCCCCAGCUUGGAAGGGGCCACCUGGGCCUAGCCCAGAGCGGCACUGUCCCUACCCCCAAGCCCUCUCAGUGGAGGCUCCACCUGUCCCUUAGAACCGGGAGGAUGAAAAGCUAAAUUCUCGCCACCCAGAGCCAGCAGAUUCCAGCAAGUCCCCCACCCAAGGGAGGACCCCAGCCAAUUGCCUCAGCCCUCCUCAGCCCUCCUAAUCCGGUCUAGACCCCUCCACUCUCACCAUGGCCAACUACUAUGAAGUGUUAGGUGUACAGUCCAGUGCCUCCCCCGAGGACAUCAAGAAGGCGUAUCGAAAGCUGGCUUUGCGUUGGCACCCCGACAAGAACCCUGACAACAAGGAGGAGGCUGAGAAGAAGUUCAAGCAGGUGUCUGAGGCCUACGAGGUCCUGUCAGACUCUAAAAAGCGCUCUGUGUACGACCGGGCAGGCUGUGACGGCUGGAGGGCCGGCGGUGGCGGCAACGUGCCCCACGGCAGUCCCUUUGGUGCUGGCUAUCCCUUCCGCAAUCCUGAGGAUAUCUUCCGUGAGUUCUUUGGGGGAGCGGACCCUUUCUCCUUUGACUUCUGGGACACCCCGUUCAGCGACCGUGGCCGGUCCUAUGGUUUACGUGGGGCCUUCUCUUCGGGCUUCGGUGAGUUGCCAGCGUUCAUGGAGGCCUUCUCGGGCUUCGACACCCUGGGCCGUGGUGGGGGCAGCCGCGCCACCUUCUCGUCCACUUCCAUCGGUGGCUCCAGUUCAGGCAACUCGGGGUUCAAGUCAGUGAUGUCAUCCACGGAGAUGGUGAACGGCCGCAAGGUGACCACCAAGCGCAUUGUUGAGAACGGCCAGGAGCGGGUGGAGGUGGAGGAGGAUGGACAGCUCCGGUCAGUAACUGUCAACGGCAAGGAGAAGCUGAUGCGGGUGGACACCAAGUGAGAGCCGCCCAGCCAGACCCUGGGCCAGUCACCAUCACAGGGGGCUACAGUAGUCGCAAACUAGUGCCUAAUAAAUAUGCUAAGUGAGUUCA